AUGAACAGCCUUGUCAACUAUGCAAGCGACUCUGAAUCCGAAUGCGAAUCAAGCGGACCAUCCCUCAUUGCAAUCUCUAAACAACCUUCUGCGCCUUCGUCGCCAGUAAUCGGCUCUUCUACAGACCAGACUCACCAACAACCAGCUCCCAGUCAGCAGCAGGACAGCAGCCCAGUAAAUACCAAUAAGCCAGGUCGCGAUGGUGAUACCGUCUCCACACCACUGGACAGAUGCAAUGAAGGAGACGAGUUUGUCUCUGCAGCGCUCAAGGACCUCCAGAGCUUUGCAGCGACAGUUGAUCCUACAUCGAACUCCUCUCCAGCAACGGUUUCCACUCAAUUGAAACCUCAAGAAGAGUCGCAGGAUACAAGCGAAUCGAGUAGACCGAUAGCUAUGGAUCUGGAUGGCGGCUCAAUGAUCACUGAGGUAAUUGUGGGAGAUAGUGCGAGUACGGAUCUACCAGCGACGAUUUUGGCGACUCCUACGGUAGUGCUUACAAGCGAGCAACAACAUAUAUUCGAUGGAUUCCUCGCCGCCAUCGACGCGAUACCUUUGACUACCAAGGAGCAAUCUCGCCCACCACCGCGACCUUCGUCACCUCUCACCGCCCAAGGGUGUACUCUCCCACUCCUGCCAUCUGAAGGCCCUGGUCACUUCGCCGGGGAUAGCUCACCAUCAGAUUCUCAAUGGCAGCAAGCGCAAAGCGUGCAUUCAGUAUACAGUCGGAUGCACCAGCUUUCGCUUCUGUCGAGUCCCCUGAUCAAUCAAAAGGAUAUUGAGAAGCACCUGAUAGAGUUUGCGAUCCGCAUAUUAGAUUGGGAACAAGGUGGAAUGAAGCCUGCAUAUUUCUUGGGUGAGGAGAGAGCUCAGGCCUUGGCUCAACAGGACGCGAUCAAGAAGAAUAUCGACGGCCAGGAUGGAAGUGAUAGCGGCAUGGACGUGGACACGGACCUGGGUGGAGAUGAGGAUGAUGAGGAGGCAGGUAACCCUGUUCUUAUGCCGCCAUAUGGAGGAGUGGUUGGAGAGAUGCUGGAGUACAUGAAUCGAAUUGAACAGUCUGCGAUACCGAAAGGAUGGACGCUUGUCUGGGACGCAAAGGAGGGCUCUUAUGGCUUCAGACACAUUGCCACGGCAACCUUUUCUGCAACCUGUCCGUCCUCCGAGUUGCUUACUCAACUGGGCCCGUCAAUUUCGCCAACGAAUUCGAAAUGA